AUGUUUGAGACCGAUUUAUAUACAAAAGCGAUCUCUCGAGAUGCAGUAGCUGGGACAAAAAUUGUCAGGGUGGUAGCUGAAGAUCCGGAUCUUGUCAAUGACUCUUCGCCUAAUUCGAACUCAGUUCGUUAUCGAAUUGACGAAACGGUUUAUCGGUACGGAGAUCGAGUUCGGCAGGCCAGUGGUUUCCUCACCAUCGAUGAAAAAUCCGGUGUUAUACGACUGGCGCAAUCGCCGCAUGCAUCAGCAGGUGGCGUUUUUGAAUCACGAAUCGCGAGCAGUGAUCACACUGAUGUCGAUUCCCAUAUUGCGAACACGAAGCUGAAGGUACGCAGAAAUUUAAAAUUACUUCAAUUAUUAUUGUUAUCACCGUUAUUACUACCAAAAUUAUUAUUACCCCCAAGAAAUUACCACUGUUAUUAUUUAUCGCCAUUAGUAACUAUUACUGUCAUAGUUAUCACUAUUUUUAUUAUCACUGUUAUUACUACUAUAAUUAUUACUCUUAUUCAUACAACAGCAGCGCAGUCGCACAUUCUAACUUUUAAUUUUUACAACAGUGUUUCCGGAAUGCAGUUUUAA